UUUGUUUUGAAUAUUGACAUGUUUAAGGUCUUAUGUAAGUAAGCGAUGUUGAUUAAUCUAAUUGCAAAUAAUGCAGUUACGUAUCGACGCAGCUUGGUGCAGUUUGCAGUCGGAAUGUCGACGGCACCAAUAAGCAUUAAGUUCAAAUGGGGGCUGAGUGCUUCCGAUCCCGAACAGAAACCUGUUCUGUUCGUAGGACAGGGUUCCCAUUUGUCUGCACUUAGCUGGCAAGAUGUCAGGUGCAAGCUCGAGCCUAAAGUUACUGAAGAGACAUGGCGUAGAGGUUUAAGUGUAGCAUCUCCAGGAGAAAUCUGCGAGCUGUGGCCCCGUGGAGUUGCUCUUGGAGUGCUAUCGCCCCGUCGGUCUCGACAUGCUGCCCCAUCCCGUUCUCAUGCCCUAUCUAAGCUUAUCAGGAAUGCUGUACGGUCGACUGGCGAUGAGUUUGUUGUGUUGGUAUGCCGGAAGCGUGAUGUGCUGGCCAGUGCGGUGGCUAUAGCCCGAGCUAUCCCACUGUACAGUGCUCGGUCGGGCCCCGGAGCCCUACAGGCCCCGCCCCCGGUCUCAUCUGCUCCCGCUCCAGCACGUCGAACACUCACCGUUGAGAUAUCUAUCGCACAGGAUGACAGUGACUCUGGAGACGAGGAUGUGGGGCCAGCGGAGCCGGUGUUACUGGAGCAUACCCUGAGCGGCGACGAGCUUAGUACCAUACAGGACAUUGCAGACGCAGCGCGCCUCGCUGCAAGGAUCACUGACACACCGGCUAAUAUCAUGGAUGUGGAUGCCUUUAUUGAGGAAGCCUGCAAAGUCGCCAAGGAACUGGACAUUGGAGAACCCACCAUCAUACGAGGAGAGGAACUCAAAGAAAGAGGCAUGGGGGGUAUCUAUGGUGUUGGGAAGGCAGCGGCCAAGCCCCCUGCGUUAGUGGUGCUAUCUUACAUGGCUCCCGGAGCCACUGAGACAGUAGCGUGGGUCGGCAAGGGCAUCGUGUACGACACUGGUGGUCUCAGUAUUAAAGCUAGGACGUCCAUGGUGGGAAUGAAGGGAGACUGCGGAGGCGCGGCCGCGGUGCUGGGGGCCUUCAGCGCCACCGUGAGGGCGGGGCCUCUGGUCAACCUCCACGCAGUACUGUGUCUGGCUGAAAACGCUGUGGGGCCCAAUGCUACCAGGCCAGACGAUAUCCACCAGCUGUAUUCAGGACGCACUGUUGAGAUCAACAACACGGACGCAGAAGGCCGUCUUGUACUGAGCGACGGUGUGGUGUAUGCACAGAGAGAUCUGAAGGCUACAACCAUUGUGGAUGUAGCGACACUUACUGGAGCCCAGGGAACGGCUACCGGCAAGUACCAUGCAGCGGUGGUAAGUAACAGUGCAAGACUGGAGCGUCGCUGUGAAAAAGCUGGACGGCUAACCGGGGACCUGGCCCACGCCCUACCCUUCGCGCCCGAGCUUCACUUCUCGGAGUUCAGCAGCGUCGUGGCUGACAUGAAAAACAGUGUUGCGGACCGCAACAACGCGCAGCCGUCGUGUGCGGCGCUGUUCGUCCUGGCGCACCUGGGCUUCGACUUCCCCGGCGACUGGCUGCACGUCGACAUGGCGGCGCCCGCGCACUGCGGUGAACGCGCAACCGGCUAUGGCGUGGCCCUUCUCUCCGUACUUUUUGGUGCUCAAACCCGCAGUCGGCUACUAAAAGCCCUUUGUCCGGAACACUGACGAAUGUACGCCCUCACCACCUACUACGUGCCCGGGUUAUAGCUAGACUAGCCAGGUACUACUAAAUAGCCAGGUGCUCCUAAGUAGCCAGGUGCUCCUAAUUAGCCAGGUGCUCCAAAUUAGCCACGUAGGAUCUGGGGGGUAUCAAAAAAAAAUUUUUUUUUUUUGGUAGAUAUUACUACCAGUUAUAGACUUAGAGGCUACCAUCAUAAUAACCAUACAGUUAAUUGAACUGUAAAUAUUAGGUACCAUUGAUUUUGGGAGGUUGUUUGUGUAAUUUUACUAUACAUAAAUAGUAUGGUAUCGAUUUUUUUGUACGCUUCUAUGUAAUCAUUACAAUCCCCUUAGGCAGUUAUUUGCACCGAGCUUCAAAGCUAGGUAUAAAACUGUGUUUGUAUUAACAUAAUGUACUAUCUUAAUUUUGGAAUAAGCGUAACGUUAAUGUAUAAGAAACAAUAGAUAAUAAAUCAAUUAUAGAACCAGUGUUACUAAGUACAGUCUUAAGAUUUUUGAUCCUUAAUUUUUUAGUUUCAAAAUUUUGGUAGUAUUAUGUGUAUAGUUAGCUAGUUUUUAAAAAGUACAAUCAAUUAUAAUCUGUGAAAAUUAUGUUCUUAAUAAUGCGCCAACUAGUAAAGAAAAUUGUAAAUUGUUUUUUUAUAUAUAAACAUUAAAUAUAUUUGUGACAUUUUAUAAGCUAGUACAUAUUAUGUAUUGUUACGUAUGUAGAGCUAUU